GGCACUAGAGUAGAAUCCCAAGGAGUGAUUACAGAGGAGUCAGAAGAAGAUUCUGAAGUACACGAGGAAGUGGCUGAGUUGGCGAGUGAGGAGGGCAUGGACGAAAAGACCGAUGAUGAAACUAAAACUGAAACCGAAGAUGAUGCAGAAGAGAAGAAAGUUAUUGAUGUAGAAUCCGGAGCAAUGGUAACAAGUAAAGGCACCAGCUGGGCCUCCAAAGAGUGGGCUGUUCACCUGAUGCUCCCUCCUGAUGCUGUAUCUGAGCGUACGUCAAUAGUGGUACACAGAUGGGAAUACAGUGUCCUUUCACCCCCGCUGCAGGAGCAUGAGGCCAUCACUAGCAAUGUUAUUGAACUAUCUUCCAUUAAUGGCCAAGAACUAAAAUUUAACACCAAGGUGAAGCUGUCGCUAUCCCACAGCGCAACAGACCUCUGGGGCUACGAGCUAGUGAUAAAAAAGCUGAUUGACAAAAAGGCGAAUAAAUGGGAAGACUUGGAUGGAACCAGGGACAUGCGUUGUAGUCCAGACGUCGAAGACAAUCACCCUUUUGACAUGAAAAUACCAGAAUUUUUCUUUCCCGUUGCCCAAGCUGAUAUAUCUGAGUGUUCAGCAUAUGCAGUAGUUUGCCGUCUCAAGGCUUCUCCAACUUACACCAUCACGUCUGCUGGCGGCUCAUUUGGCCAUCCUGACUUCCCAGGCGUGACAGUUACAAUCCCUGAGAAUGCUGUUGCACCUAACGCAAAAUUCCCGUUGGAGUUAAAGGUUCAAGAAGUUUCAGAUGAAGAAUUUAAAGAGGAAGCUAUAUUUCUUGGACCUGUAUUGCGAAUCAAAUGCUUUGAAGCUGUCCAGUUCUUGAAACCUGUCAACAUUCAGCUGCCAAUUUCUCUUCGAGAGCAACAAGACUUGAAUCUUAAUCCUACAACAUGUCACGUCAGAGUGCUAUUCCUCAAGUCCGAUGGUGACCAAAAAGAAUGGAUUGAAAUCACUGAUGAUCUUGUGAAACCACCAAGUCUUGAUGGAAAGUUUGUUAGGUUCCAUGUG